GUUUCCAUCCAAAAAAAAACAAGCUCCACUUCUAAACCCCUGCGAAAGCGAAGAGAGAGAGAGAGAGAGAAGCAGAGAAGUGCGAAACAAAUCUCUCUCUUCGAUUCGUCUUUCCCGCCCACACACAAAUAUACGUGUAUAUAUAUACAGUGAUACGCAUAUAGAUCAACCAAAUCGCCAUUAAAAUCAGAAUACAUUUUUGUUGGUUUGAGACUGGAGCUGGAGAAGAAAAAGAUAAUCUAUGGAGGACGGCGCAGGAAAAGGUUUGGAAUGCCAGAAGAUUAUGGAUGGGAAGGCGAAUGACAAUGUCAAUGAUUCGGAUAAGGCUAUUAUCCCUUCCUGUUGCUUGAAGGCUAGGGCUUCAAACACUGAGCUUGAGGCUAAAUGCCAUUCAACAGUUGUUUCUGGAUGGUUCUCCGAACCUGAAUCAUGCUCUGGUAAAGCUAGCAAGCGGGUUUAUUUCAAUAACCCAAUGUGGCCAGGAGAAGCACACUCAAUGAAAGUAGAGAAGAUUUUGUACAAGGAUAAAUCCGAGUACCAAGAAAUUCUGGUCUUUGAGUCCUCAACAUAUGGGAAAAUUCUUGUGCUUGAUGGCAUUGUUCAGUUGACUGAGAAAGAUGAAUGUGUCUAUCAGGAGAUGAUAACUCAUCUUCCCCUUUGUUCAAUUCAAUCCCCCAAAACUGUUUUGGUUGUAGGUGGUGGUGAUGGUGGAGUUCUUAGGGAAAUCUCUCGCCAUAAUACUGUGGAGCUCAUUGAUAUUUGUGAGAUUGAUAAGAUGGUUAUAGAUGUUAGUAAAAAGUUUUUUCCUGAGUUAGCUAUUGGCUUUGAGGAUCCUCGUGUGCAACUACAUAUUGGUGAUGCUAUUGAAUUUUUACGGAAUGUACCUGAAGGAAAGUAUGAUGCAAUUAUUGUUGAUUCAUCAGACCCUGUUGGUCCUGCCCAAGAACUUGUGGAAAAGCCUUUUUUCGAGACAAUAGCAAGAGCAUUAAGACCUGGUGGUGUUCUUUGUAACAUGGCGGAGAGUAUGUGGCUUCACACGCAUCUUAUUCAGGAUAUGAUCUCUAUUUGCCGUGAAACAUUCAAGGGUUCUGUCCACUAUGCAUGGGCAAGCGUUCCCACAUAUCCAAGUGGCGUCAUUGGAUUUGUUAUAUGCUCAACGGAGGGGCCACCUGUGGAUUUUAUGCAUCCUAUCAAUCCUAUUGAAAAAGUAGAGGGAGCAGUCAAGUAUCGAAGAGAACUAAAGUUUUACAACUCUGAGAUUCACACAGCUGCCUUUGCCUUGCCAUCAUUUGUCAAGAGGGAGGUUAUGCUUCUUCGUGAUUCGCCAACCCCGGCUCAACAAAUUUGUGUUUCAUAGUCGAUUUUUAGCAGCCCGUAUUUGUUUUUGGGUUGGUUGGAAAUGCAGCUGCUUGGGAAUAAACUGAAGGUGAUGUUUUAGCAAGCAUAGAUUCAGCCAUGAGCUUUUGCUAUUGAGGUGUCAAUUGAUGACCUCGUGUUAUUAUCUAGUGGUUAUGGGACAUCAUGUUUAGUGGAUUGAGGAUGUUAUCAGUUAUUUUGUUAAAAUUGUUAUUUAAUUGUUCAGAUUGUGAUGGAACUUUGCUGAUGAAUAAACAGAGGUCCCAGAAAAUUGUCUUUGUUGAGGAAAAAACGAAGGAAAUUGUUGGCGAUUAACAGAUGCUAUUUUGAUUUCAGUAAACCCUUAUUUUGCA